AUGUGCAUAGGGGACAUGCACUAUGCAGGCAGCUGGUGGGUCUAAGGGUUUGGCCACUUUGUGAACCACUCUUCCAUGGAGUACUGGAAGCACAGUCACAGAGGGUGCUGUUUGACUCUUGUAGUGGUCCUGAAACCUUGUCAAGUGUGUCCACUGGCAGAGGCAGUCUCUAGACCAAUGACAGCCAGAGGACACAUUUGGAGUAAGACAAGUUGCAAGCUUCUGCAUUGUGAGUUUUUCUCUCUCUCUCUCUGCUGCACUUGGACGUGAUUGUGUCAGACUGGGUUGGUUGUGUGAGUCUGUCCGUGUACUCUCUGAGCACUGGAGUGAGGUGAGGGAGAACUGGAGGACCCUUCUCAGUGUGUGCGUGUGUGUGUGUGUGUGUGUGGGGGGGGGGGGGGGUGCUAGCUUGCAGGAGUGUAUGCGGAAGCGGCUCUGACAUAGAGCAAUGCAACAGGUGCACUGUCCCAACAGCUGAAGAAGCUGCUCUUUGAAGCUGAACAGUAUAGGGAUUUGUCUUUGUGUCAACUUGGCAUGUCUCCCUUGUUUCUCUUAGAGGACCAAUGUAGCUGUAUGAGCAUGGGGUCUAGUGUCAAAUAGAUUUUGGUCAUGUUUGCACACGCAGCAGAAAUCCCCUGGGUCUGUCUAUUGGCUUUAGUUUCAGUAUAUAUGAAUGGACAAAGCCAUCAAUUACGUGACACCAUUCAUUCCUAUGUGAAGACUUGAUAGCUCAUUGAUGUCUGUGCUGCCACCUCUCAUUGAGUCACUCAAGUUGAAGGCCGACCGGGGUACUGCAUGCUGCCAUUAACAACUACAUCAUCCUGAUAACUUCUUCUGUGUGUGAUUUUAAAAUAAUCUGUUUAAGGACAUACAUCUGGUGUAGCCUAUUAGAAGCAAUUAUUAUAAUUUUUUACACAAAGAUUGACCACGAAGAUUGCAAUUUUUCUAUUGACUAUAAUAGGGUAGGGCUUGGGCAUGAGUAAUCGAGUACUCAAGUACUCGAAUGGAUGUCAAAACUCGAUCUUAACCAGAGAUGUAAAAAAAAUUAUGGAAUGUGCUUUGUGCCAGCCUGAAAUGGCAAGUGAAAAAUGUGCUUUGACAAAAAAGAAACCAAGCCAAGCAUCACACAGUUCUUCUCCCUAAAUUCCCUUUCCCCUCUGUGUUUCAUUUACUCAAUUGCAUUCCGAACAUUCCCUCCACACACACGUGCUGAGUGCCCACACAAGCUCCAGUUAAACCUACAGAAAUGUAUAUAAAAACGUAUCUAACACAAUCUACAUUCCUUGCCAAAUGACGACAGUUUUAUCACAAAUUCAAAAUGGACUGGUUGAUUGAGGUACGAAAAUAUGUGUUCCAACAAUGAGCUGCAGUUUUUGAAUGAUUGCCUUCCGUCUAUUUUCGGCUUAGGCUACUUUGUGAACUGCUAGUGCCAUUUAGAAUUGGUUAGCCUAGGCCAUAACCCCCCUAAACAUAGACAGGUUCCACACUGAAAAUAUACAAAAACAUUAGUUUGAUAAAGACAAAGAGCGUAUUUUCAUCAGAAUCAUUAAACAUAGGCCUACUCACCAAAAAUAUCAUCACCAUUUAGUGUUCAAUGUGGAAUUGUUAAUCCAUUUGGAAAAUUACAAAGAACAGUCAGAAUAAACUAAAAUGAACAUCUGUAUAUCGAAAAGAAGACUGAUUUUAGUUUGUAACCCUGAAAAAAAUAGUCGUUCAACUUGCCAAAUUGAGCCCCGUUUCAAAUGAUCACUCUUUGAGAAUAACUGCCCUUGACGCGAGAUGCGCAUCACUUCGCAUUGGCAGCUUUUUUCAUUUGGAAAAAUAUUCUAUUCUAUUUAUUAUAUUACAUCAUGUUUUAAAAAAAAACUAUAAAAUAGGUGUGUCUUGACCAUGAUAAGGGCUUGGGAAGUAAGAGUGUCUUGUCUGCUAAAUUAACUAAACAAGGCUAUGCCAUUCUAUGCACUGCUGAGGUUACUGCCUAUUUGAAGAUUGUGUUCCACAAUAUUAUAUAACCAGUUGAUAUUACGGUUUCAAUAAAUGAAUCUUAAAUAGCACUAAUGGUUUUGAUAAAUUAGGUAUUGUUGCGCACUGUUGGCAUAUAGAUAAAUGCACACAUCUUUUUUUCCACUGAGAGCCUUGUGCUCUAAAAAAAAUAAUAUAUUUCUCCAUUGAAGUACUUGAAAAUAAAUUGUGCGAGUACUAGAACAGUCAAAAAAUGUCAAAUGCCCAUUCCUAUAAUCCUGUUUUCUGCUAACAAUGCCUGCAGUACCACAAUCCUCCUUGAACUUCUGUGGCUUCAAUGAGAGGGGGCAGUCGUUCUCCCCUGGUGACCAAUGAACAUAUUUCAAUGAUUCGACCUUGCGAUUCGUGCGUAAUGUUUGACAGACACUUUACAAAUAAGACUUUAUUAAUUUGGCAUCAUCACGUUAAAAACAUGGUACACGCGUUUGGGCAGUGGCCUUCAUCAGUGUCAGACUUUGUCUUAUUUGAGCUCUUUAGGACUAUAGACUGUUGUUGAACCUUUUGAUUAUUACAGCAUGUACAGCAAAGCAUUUGAAGACUAUUGAAUGUACUGUGAUAUGCUGUCUGUUGUUUAGGAGUCCAGAGGGGGCGAAGGCUGCUCCCUACAUCCAGGACAUGGAGCUGAGGGAGGAAUGGCAGGAUGAGGAGUUCCCCAGGUCAGAGACAAACCUAACCCUGACCUUUAACCUUACCCCCCUGACCACAUGACCUGUAAACCCCAGCCUGUUCACCAUGAAAAUCUUAAACAAUAUUUUAGGUCCCUGCAAAGAAUGAUUUUUGGUUAUGACCAGGUAAGAAAGCAGUUCUAUGCUUUUUCAGGUAUUUUGUAUUUUCCCCCUAGACCGCUUCCUGAAGAUGCCCAUAGUCCUGAGACCCCAGGAGAAAAUGCAGAGAGACCAGGUAAAUCCCUAAUACCCAUAUGUCUGCAAAGGCCUUAUUCCUAAAGUACUGUACCAUAUCCCACAAUACCUGUGUGUGCCACUCCCCCAGCUCCACCCACCAGCCUGGCCCUUUCAGGAAACCCCAUAAGGAAGAAGCGUCUGGUGGCGCCCACCCUCAGCCUGACCCUGUCCCGCACCGACUCAGCAGACCGCAGUGUGAAGUCGGGGGACACCGGGUACUCCGCCGCCGCUCUCUCACCCGACGAAGACGACACGGACCUGGACAUCAACCUGGAGGCCCUGGAGACGCCCUCAGACAGCGAGUCCUGCAACUUCCCUGACAGCAUGCACGAACUGGAGUGGGAGGGUGAGAGAGGGGACACGAACUGGAGUGGGAGGGUGAGAGAAGAGGGGAUGGGGACAGUGGGGAGAGGGGUGUGGGAGAGAGACUGCAUGCACGAACUGGAGUGGGAGGGUGAAAGCGAGAGGGGGUGGUAUGGGGGUGGGGAGAGAGACAGAAGCGGUGUGGGGGUAGCAUGAACUGGAGUGGGAGGUCAGAAAACAGAGAGAGAGAAAGAGAGAGAAAAAGAGUGAGUGUGAGAGAGCGAGAGAGCAAGAGAGCAAGAGAGAGAAAUUCCAAUUUGGAACAUAGUAUUCUUCCAUUCCAUUUUAUAAUUCUGAAUUCCGUUCUGAAAUGGAAUGGUAUGAUGCUUGCACAAUCUAAUCCCGCUAUUCUUGACCUUCAUCUGACCUCUGAUGACCCCCCCAGAUGACCUGCCGCGGCUGGGCCGGGGGGAGGAUGGUGUCUCAGGCACCACGGUGAUGGAGCAGGCAGAGAUGGGCUCCAUGGAGCUAGACCAGGUGGACAACAGGGGGCGCCGCUGGAGAAGGUUCUGCGUGGCAGGACAGGAGUACCACGUCAACAUGAGUGUCCUGGAGCCAUACCUCCAGGUGCUGUCCCACGGAGGUGAGACAGCUGAAGCUGACUGUCAAGUAGCUACUUUGAUCAGCCUGUAAAAUCAACGCUUCCAUAACUAAAUCCAGCUGAGUCCAUAUGGCACAGCAUCUGUUGUGUAGCUCCCACUAUAUGCAUUUGCUGAAAAUGACAGGCCUCAGUGAAAGGGAAUGAUUUUCAGUUGCACUAUGUAAUUCUAUCUGAUAUACAAAACAUUAAGAACUGUUCUUUCCAUGACAUAGACUGACCAGGUGAAUCCAGGUAAAAGCUAUGAUCCCUUAUUGAUGUCACUUGUUAAAUCACCUUCAAUCAGUGAAGAUGAAGGGGAGGAGACAGGUUUAAGAAGUCUUGGAACAAUUGAGACAUAGAUUGUGUAUUUGUGCCAUUCAGAGUGUGAAUGGGCAAGACAAAAUAUUUAAGUGCCUUUGAACAGGGUAUGGUAGUAGGUGCCAGGCGCACCGGUUUGUGUCAACAAUUGCAAUGCUGUUGGGUUUUUCAUGCUCAACAGUUUCCUGUGUGUAUCAAAAAUGGUCCACCACACAAAGGACAUCCAGCCAACUUGACACAACUGUAGGAAGCAUUGGAGUCAACAUGGGCCAGCAUCCCUCUGGAACGCGUUCGACACCUUGUAGAGUCCAUGCCCCGACAAAUUGAGGCUGUUCUGAGGGUAAAAUGGGGUGGGGGUGCAACUCAAUAUUAGGAAGGUGUUCCUAAUGUUUGGUAUACUCAGUGUGAAUCCAUCUAUAUAUUACUGUAUAUACCCCUAAAAUAAUUGUAUGUUAGGUUGAGGAGGAUGGCUUCCUUUGACUAUGAGAUUGUAUCUCUUUUAUGAAUAGCUUUACUGGGCCCAAUCAAGUUACCUCAUCAUGAUGUCAAACAACAACAGAGAGUUCAAACAGAAAUCCAUUUGCCUUAUUUUAUUAGGAUCCCCAUUAGCUACUGCUUAAGCAGUACUUAACACUAUACUAGUAGAGGACAUUCAACAUGUACUCUGUCUAUACUUCCACAGUUGGAACUUGUCAUUCUUCACUAUGUAAUUCUAUAUGCUGUAUCUCAUUAGGUAUGCCUAUGGGUUUCCUAGGUUACUACGGGCAGGCUAUGAAUGCCAUCAUCAUGUUCUCCUCCUGUUACCUACCAGAGAACACGGUGGAGAACUAUGAGUACGUCAUGGACAAUCUCUUCAGGUCAGUGUAGACGGACAAACACCAAAUGGUGUUGAGGACUCAAUUCAAGAUGACAAUCAAAGUACUUUAUUGUUUAUUAUUUGGGUUUGUGUGUGUGUACGGUGCAGGUACAUAGUGGGGACGCUGGACCUGAUGGUGUCAGAAGGCUAUGUCAUGGUGUACCUGUGCAGCAUGGCACCCAGGAAUAAGAUGCCCGCCAUCAAAUGGCUGCGACAGUGUUACACCUCCAUUGACAGAAGGUACAGUACGUUCCUCUUGCUCUUUCUCUCACAAGGUUCCCUCUCUUGUUGUACUGAAAGAGUCCAGAGGAGGGGCCAAGUGUCCCUAUGGUUCUCUGUAUAGCACUGCUGUGUUCCAGGUAUUGGACAGAAUGGGAGGACGUAAUGGGAGGGCUCUUAUUCCUGUCCUAGCUCUGCUUCUCCGCCCCUCGUAUGAAAUAUCACAGGAAUGCUGUAGUGACUCAAGGCUGUGAGGAUCUCUCCAACAGGGUAGUGUAAUGAUUCAGGGCUAUGAGGAUCUCUCCAACAGGAUAGUGUAAUGAUUCAGGGCUGUGAGGAUCUCUCCAACAGGGUAGUGUAAUGAUUCAGGGCUAUGAGGAUCUCUCCAACAGGGUAGUGUAAUGAUUCAGGGCUGUGAGGAUCUCUCCAACAGGGUAGUGUAAUGAUUCAGGGCUAUGAGGAUCUCUCCAACAGGGUAGUGUAAUGAUUCAGGGCUGUGAGGAGCUCUACCACAGGGAAGUGCCCCCUCUGGACAUUCCUCAGAUAACCUCUGACCCCUGCAGGUUGUGCAUGUGCCAAAUCAAAAUCAAAUAGUAUUCUUCACGUACACAGUUUCCAGCAGGUAUAAAAGGUGCAGUGAAAUGCUUGUUUGCUGGCUCCCUCAACAUUGCAGUACAAUAAUCAAUAUCAAUAAUACAAAUACGUGUGUGCGUUUACAAAAGUAUAUCAGAGAGUGUCGGUGUUUCUGCCAGUUGUCACAUACUGUAUCUGUUCUGUUGGUUCUACUGUGAUGUAGUCCUCCUUAUCACUGAGAUGUUUCCAUAGUCCAUAUAAAGGCAGCUCAGUGUUCAGUCUCUGCAUGCCUGGCCAGUGGCCACACUCCACAACAUAACAUUCCCAUACAUAAAGCACCACAGUGGCCUCCCAAUGGAAGACAAUAUUCAUGAAAAACUUCAGGUUGACCAUCAUCUUGCUCUUGGUAUAUGUUAGGGCGGGGUUUCCCAAACUUGGGUGCACGUUUUGUUUUUUGCCCUAGCACUACACAGCUGAUUCAAAUAACCAACUCAUCAUCAAGCUUUGAUUAUUUGAAUCAGCUGUGUAGUGCUAGGUCAAAAAACAAAACUUGCACCCGGGGGGGGGGUUCCAGGACCGAGUUUGGGAAACCCUGCUUUAGGGAAUUAUAGUGCCAAAGGUACAGAUGUAGGAUCUUAAUUUGAGCCAGUUUGCUACAUUGGAAAAUUAUCUUGAAGCAACAGGAAAUGUGAAUUAUUAUGUGGAUUAGAAUUAAUGGACAUUUGUGUAGGGGUUGAUACAUUUUUCGUAAGGGAAAAUCAAGUCGGUAUUUUAAAGUGGAAAUUCCAAACUUUAAAAGCCUUUUUAUACCUCAAAUACACUACGUUAAAAAUGUCCUGCAUUGCUGGAAUGUUAUACUGCAACAGGGUGAUCCAAUUUAGAUCCUCCAUCUGUAGCAUGUCUUCUUUAAGAACUUGGACGAAACCAGACCUAUUUCCAGACACUGGUGUCUUUGAGAAAACCAGCCCUCAGACGUUACCUCACAUGCUCAAUUUGGAGGAAGGAAAAUGCUGUUGCUAUGCGACCGUGAGCUUUUGAAUCAUAUCAUAAGAGUCAGGUCUCAAAGCUGUAUAUCAUGGCACUCUUCCCAAGGCAUUAAGAGGAGAACUACAGAUAGGAUGAACAUUCUUCUUGUAUUGAACUCAAAUAAGGUUGGUGUUUACUGAGGAGUCUAAGUGAAUGAUUUUGUUCAUGUGACUCAGAGAAACAGACCUUGACGUCAGGUUUCUGCCCAUCCCUAGGGGUUUGUUUACGAAAUCACAGACGUUCACCGUGUCCCAUCCAGAGAAUCUGCCUCAGCAACGGUGUUACUCAUAUCAUGUGGUUGUUUCAGCCUACGGAUUUGACACGUGUUGUAACUCACUCUGAAAAAUGCGGACUAAAUGAGUCAUGUAAAUGUAAUGUCUGUGGAGUCAUGGUGAUGGUUCUCCUCGCAGGUUGAGGAAGGAUCUGAAGGGACUCUUUGUAGUCCACCCUGCCUGGUACAUCAAAGCACUCAUCACUGUCGUCAAGCCUUUCAUCAGGUGAGCAGAACCAUUCAAGUCAUAUUUCAUUUUAAGCACGUCAGUCCUCAGAAGAUGAUUCAACGAGUCCCACUGAUUCAACAAGUCCCACUGAUUCAACGAGUCACACUGAUUCAACGAGUCCCACUGAUUCAACGAGUCCCACUCCAUCUGUUGUGAAGAUCUAGCUACAGCAUAUGCCUGUUCCUUGACCGUGCUGAUGUUCACUCUAACCUCUGACCUCUGUGCCCUCCACAGUGAGAAGUUCAGCCGGAAGAUCCGCUUCAUUCACAGCCUGCAGGAGCUGUCCGAGUACAUCCCCAUGGAACGCCUGCAGAUUCCCGACAGCAUCCGAGAGUGAGUGACUGGGUUCUCGAGAGCUAUAUAGCCUAGAAGUUAUUACAAUUUUACUUUUAUGUUGUAGGAUACACUAUUCCCAUAUUAAAAGUGCUUUGUUUUCUCUAGGUAUGAUGCGAGGAUGAACGGAUGA